AUGGCUACUUUGCUAUGGACACCUUCCAAUUCCUACUCUCUCAAUCUGAAUCUCAACAGAAAACAAUCUCCUCUUAAACUAAACCCAAACCCCUCUCUUCAUCUCAACCGUAGUUUUCGUUUUAACACCACAAUCUCUUGCAAUUCUACUCAUCCCAACAACGAUACAAAACCACAAUCUCAAUCCGAAGCCAUUCAACUUUACUCCCAAAUCGAAAGAUUAGUUACUACUUCUGCUAGACAAUCACAAGAUGUCCGGGGUUCUGCAGAUUGGACUGAAGUGGAGGGAUCAUGGAUUCUCAAACCCAAAAGCACCAAACCCAGUUUUGUUGUACAUUUUGUGGGAGGUAUAUUUGUUGGAGCUGCCCCUCAGCUUACCUACCGCUGGUUCCUUGAGCGUUUAGCAGAAAAGGGUGUAUUGGUCAUUGCAACUCCAUAUGCUAGUGGGUUUGAUCACUUCUUCAUUGCAGAUGAAGUGCAGUUUAAAUUUGACAGGUGCUACCGUACACUACAAGAAACAGUCAAAGAGCUUCCUAUUUUUGGCGUUGGCCAUUCUCUGGGAUCGCUUGUCCACCUUCUGAUUGGGUCAAGAUAUGCUGUGCAAAGAUCUGGAAAUGUUCUCAUGGCAUUCAAUAACAAGGAAGCUAGUUCUGCUAUCCCCUUGUUCUCUCCAGUCCUUGUUCCAAUGGCUCAAAGCUUUGGUCCACUUCUAUCAGAUAUUUUUUCUUCACCAACUAUGCGAGCAGGGGCGGAGAUGACUUUGAAACAAUUAGAAAAUGUUAGCCCUCCCAUUAUGAAACAGGUUCUUCCUUUAGUUGAGCAGCUGCUUCCCUUGUAUAUGGAUUUAGCCAAGGGAAGAGAAGAUUUUACUCCAAAGCCUGAGGAGACCCGUCGACUUAUAAAAUCAUACUAUGGCGUAUCCAGAAAUCUUCUCAUCAAAUUCAAUGAUGAUUCAAUAGACGACACCUCAACGUUAGCACAAGUGCUCAGUUCCGAAGCAGCCAUAAGCUCUGCACUAGACAUGUCAAUACGCAAGUUGCCGGGAGAUCAUGUUCUUCCAUUGCAGCAGGCACUCCCAGAUGUUCCACCAGCAAUGGCUAAUGCAGUUAAUCGUGGAAGUGAGCUUUUGUCGAAUCUUACCUUAGGAACACCAUGGGAGACAGUUGCCAAAGAAGUAGGGAACACACUAGGCAUAGAUUCAACAAACAUGCUUCGCGCACAAGUAUCAAAGGAAAUGGAUGUUCUUGUGGAUGUGAUCUCAUCUUGGAUAGCCUCUAAUGCGGGGCCUAAACUUCUGAGGCCAUAA